UUCCAAAAUACUACACUUCUAAUUUCAGAAUAUUAAAGAUAUGCAGUGGCAUUACAUGAAUAAAAAUAGUUUUGUUCUGGUCUGUGGAUACAGCUUGUGGUGGUGUACAGUUACCAGGUUCUGCAUUUGAAGACACUUCUCUGAAGCUUCUAACCAUUGUGCAGUAACAAUACACGGAUAGAUGUGUGCCAACAAGGGUGGCAAACUGGAGAGAGCUGAAGAAUGCUUUGCUGAUUCUGACCUGAACUUUCUUAUUCCCAUCGCAGUGGGCAUGGUACUUGGCUUCCUUAUCAUUCUUGUCUUUGUAUCUUAUAUCAUUGGAAGAAGAAAAAGUCGUACUGGCUAUCAGUCUGUAUAAUCUCUUAAUUCCGUCUCUGUUGCCACCUUCCCUGCUCUUCUUUUCCCAGACUCCCUUAUCUG